AUGACUGCAGUCGUGGACUGUAUGGUGCGAAAGGUCCCUGAACUCCACCGCGUGGAGAGGACCUUGAUUCUGCGUGCUGGCAUCGCCGUCCUGCCGGUAACGCCGGAUCACCGCAUUUCACUGCCGACGGGUGAUACGGUGCCGGCUGACACGCUUCGCGUCGGUCAGGAGGUCAUGGUGCAAAACACGCGAACCCAACUGACCAGCAUUGAGCUGAGCUCUGUGCCUGUCAACGUCUUGAAGCUGGCCUUCGAUCCGGACUUGCCUGUGGAGGUCUUGGUGCCCCCGCCCGCCAUCCAGUCUAAGGGAGCUGCGAAGAAGGCCCUGCGUCGCAGCCUGGUGGGGCGUCGUGGAAGUUCGGAGGAGCCCAGCAUCCCCGACACGGAGGCGGAAUACCAGGACUAG